AUGAAACGAGUUCGCAAAAUAGUGUGUUCUACAUGUCGCCGGAGGAAAAGCAAAUGCGACGGUGGUACACCUUGUUGCUCAACAUGCCUAGCGACGAACUCCCCGUGCAGGUACGAAAAGUCACCAUCGAUCGCAUAUGUGCGCCAGCUACAGGAUCGUAUCGAAGAGCUGGAAUGCAUGCAUAAAACGGAUUCCUAUGCGCCACCGGCCUCUUUUGUCGCUGGUCUUGACCACGAUGAGUAUCGGGACCCUAUUAGCCUGGAUGCCAGCGGGGAUGUGCAAUACCACAACUCCCUAUCUGCUAUCCACGAGGCUCCACCCGACUCUUCAUCAAGACAAAUAACUUUAAUCUAUGAACCACCUGUUGUCAAUGGUGUCGCUCAAGAUGGCAGAAAUGAGGAAAUGAGAAAAACACUUCGUGCGAAUGCAGCUGCUCAGAGAAACUUUGAAGUAGAGAAGUUGCAGAUUGCAGCGACAUAUGUUGGCCUGCCAAAAGAACUGACUAAUGUUCUGCUGCAGCUACAUUGGUGCUGGCUACACCCGGCCUUCCUCUUCGUUUACCGGCCAGCGUUUACGCAGGGCUUAAGUGUGCUAAGAGCUGGUCGUGAUUCUAGCAGUUACUGUUCUUUGACCCUUUUAAAGGUGCUCUGUGCGCAUAGCUGUCGUUUCAUUUACUCCUCGGAGACUGUCUGGGGCAUUUCUCAGCAUGAAGAGUCGUCUCAAAAAUUAGCCGAUCGUCUGAUGUCCAAUGCAACCAUUUCUCUGGCCAUGGAGAUACUCCAACCACCAACCAUUGCCACUGUUCAGGCAUUACUACAACAAUCUGCCAGGGAUAUUGCAUGUGGUCAAUCUUCACAAGCCUGGCUAUAUUCUGGAAUGGCCUUUCGCAUGGCUAUCGACCUGGGACUUCAUAUUUCGCCUGACAAACUCUGCCACCAUACAAAGUCAUUAUCUCCGGAGGACGUAGAAAUUCGAAAGCGCUUGUUUUGGAGUCUUUACUCAUGGGACAAGCAUAUCAGCUUGUAUUUGGGCAGAAUGCCCAACUUUGUUAUGGGCGCGGAGAGUAUCUCGCUUGAUUUCCUGGAUGAUUUCACUGAAACAGAACCCUGGCAACCCUUCUAUGGAUCUGAUUCUAGCGUAUCACAGUCUACGGCAUACACACCUCGCACUGCACAUACUAUCUCAUGCUUCACAUCACUGUGCAAGCUUUGCAAAAUUCUUAGCCGCCUGAUGUUUGAGCUGUAUAGCCCACAUCAGCCAUCAAAAGAACUACCAUCCAACGUCGAUACAAAAUCGGCGGCAUUUGUGGAAAUUAACGAAGAACUUCAAGAUUGGUGGAACAAGCUACCUGAAUUCCUGAAAAUCAAUACGGCUCAAGCUUCCUCCCCCAGUCCGCCUCCACACAUCGCCUCUCUUAAUCUCAUGUAUCAUACAACCCUCAUCCUUCUUCAUCGGCCACUGGUCCACCACAAGCCAAACUUCAAGUUUCCGGCAGUUCAAAAUAGCUGGAAGAUCUGCCAGACAGCAACCUCAGCGAUAUACAAAUUGUUGCAAACGUAUGUUGAAACAUUUGGGUUUAGUCACAUUACCUAUUUGAACAGCUACUGCACGUACACCGCAGCAACCACAGCUGUUUACCAACUGGAAGUAUUUGACCAACUCAACACACGUCCACCUGACAGUCAGCCUAUGUGGGAUGAGUUGAAAUUUUUGAUCAACAUUCUUCAGCGCACUAGCUCUGUUAUGCCGGGCCUGAAUCGCAGUCUCGACAUAAUACGCACCAGAAUAAAAAAGAUUUUCGAGCGUCAGUCAGCAGCACGCCUAGAAUCUCUCUUCAUGCCCGAUAUCGACAAUAUUUCUCGCAAGUCCUUGACCCACGCGACCCCUGUGCUGCACACAAUAAUACCUUCUUCGAGCCAACAUACCAUGCAGGAAAUAUCUACAUUUUCGUCCUCGUCACCCGUGGAGGAACUUAAUUUCCUGUCCAACCAUGAGUCCAGAACAACUGCCUCUGGAAUUCCUUCCAGAGAAUAUGAAGAGUGGCUACCCGCGUUCCCCGAUCAAGGCUUUUGCUAUGGAUCUGAAUUGAACCUUCAUAUCCAAGAGAAUUUGACCCCGGAGACCCGCUCUGCGCUACUACAAUCAAGCCUCGAUCCACACUUGCAGUUAGAUCUUUCGAUUCAGCAUGAUGCGUUUGAUUACGGUUUUCCAAUAUAG